AAAUAAUUUGAGCUUAGCUCAGCUGAACUCAGAUGGAUGAUUUAGAUGCAAUAUUAGCUGAUCUACAAUUUUCAACGAACACCGGCCCUCCUGAGCCGUCUCCGGUCUACUCAGAGCCAUUCCGUCCCGCCAACUCAACACCCAAAGCACAGCAGCCACUAGGUGAAGUAGCCAGGGGUCCCCCCUCCGAGCCAGCACCGCCUCCCCCUACUGCCCCUGUUCCCCUCAGGGCCUUAUCUCCUCAAGUUCUUAACUCUGAGUCUGUGCGGGGAUCUUAUGCUAGUGUUGCAGAUGCCAAGUCUGGUGUUGACCAUGAUACCUCUGAUGAUUACACGCAAGAGUUAGCAAGGUUACAAGAGCCCUCAAGAUCAAGCAAUAUCGAGGAUCUGGAUAACUUGUUGGACGAUCUUAACUUUGUGCAGAAAAACUACAAUCCUGAUCGUAACUCAACCCAGUCCGCUGUGUCGCAGAGAGACCAGAUCCAGUCUGCAUACGAUGAUUUUCCCGAGGUUGCGCGAUCAAGUGCCACAAAAGAUCUGGAUAAUCUGAUGGAAUCACUCCAGAGUUUCAACUCUACGUCAGCUGACCGACAUUCCUACCAAACCCAGGGGUAUGAUAAUCUCGACGGCAUGAUGGCUUCUCUUGACACGGAUUUGGCCAAAAAAGGAGUCAGGGUUAAUAAUCGUGGGAUGUGCUCUGCUUGCGAUAAAGUCAUUGUCGGAAAGAUGGUCACUGCGCUGGGAAAAACCUGGCAUCCCGAGCACUUUGUGUGUAUCAGAUGUGGAGUUGAGUUGGGAAUGGGGAAGUUCUUUGAACGAGAUGACAUGCCCUACUGUGAGGAGGAUUACCAUGCAGAGUUUGCUCCGCGCUGCUCUCACUGUAACCGGCCUAUUGUUGAUAGAUGUAUCACGGCUCUUCAAAAGACGUGGCACCCUGACUGCUUUGUCUGUGUACACUGCCAGGAACCCUUUACCAGGAGUGGCACUGAGUACCACGUGUUUGAAGGUAAACCGUAUUGUAAGAGAGAUUAUUAUGAGAUGUUCGCUCCAAAGUGUGGCGGCUGCAACAAGGCCAUUGUGAACAAUGUGAUAACAGCACUCAAGAGGCAGUGGCACGUUGAGUGCUUUGUUUGCUACGAAUGCAAGAACAGGUUUGGAGCUGGAACUUACUACGAACACGAAGGUAAACCCUACUGUGAACUGCACUACCACCAGCACAGGGGCUCUCUGUGUGCUGCCUGCAACAAACCCAUUUCUGGAAGGGUUAUAACAGCUAUGAGGAACAAGUUUCACCCAGAGCACUUCGUUUGUGCCUUCUGUAUCACGCCACUUAGUAAAGGAACUUUCAAGGAGCACGAGAGCAAACCUUAUUGCCACACUUGCUACCAGAAGUUGUUUGGAGUCGCUAACAGGGUUUAGAUCCGGGAGGACAGCGAAAACACGACUCAGUCGCUCUCCGGCGACCACCUUGACCAAUCUACCGUAUUAUUAUACAUUUUUUGACGAAUUGUCUCUUUUAUAAUUUGUUUUGAUUGAAAAUUGUUAAUUGCUUUGCAGUUUUGUCGUGUAAAUUCGAUGAGUGUAUGAUGACGGAGAAAUAAAUCUCUUUAUUUUAUACGGUGAACAAUUAAGCGGUAUUAUUAUUCGUGGAAACCAAGCCCAAUUUUCAAGGGGGUUUGUUAUUUUCUUAUACAUUUAUACUGUUUGAGAAUUAAGUUUGACUAGCUGAGUAAGAUUUUUUGUAGAUUUUCAAAACAUCUUAGAGAUUGUAAGUAAUAAGUAUCGCUUGAACAGGACUUAUGUUUAAAAUAUGUAUAUUCCCGGUUCUAUUUAUAGAAACUGUUUAUAAAAGCUUGGACUUGAACUUUGUGAAAAGUUGAAAAACUUAGGUAUGUAUUCUAAUGUAAAAGAUGAGACACUUUAUUAUUACCGUUGGUUUCUUAUUCAUUGUUAAUUAUAACAUUUAACAGUAAUUAUUACUACCUUUAAUAAAAAUGUUAGCCAACAUUUUAUUUAGAUCUCCUUGCUGUAAUCAGUCAAGAAACGUUUAAUUGCUUAAGACCAUUUUGUCUAGGAUUUUUUCAUGUUUGAAUAUCAUUAUUAUUGAAAACUCAACUCUUAAAAAAUCUAUAACUGCGUUACAUUUGAACUUUUUCACACAAAUUAUUUUUCGUGAAGGGCAACUCUGAUUUAAAAGUUGGUUUGGAUUUGUAGCAGAAUUUACUUUUCUAGGAACUGGGAACU